AGAGGGGGCUAUAAGUACACAUUUGCCAUUUUAUCGCUGAAAGUCCACUAUAGCUCAUGAAUGGGAGUUCGGAUAAGUCGUGCUCAGAUAACGCCAUGUCUUGUUUCUAUAUAGAAAUGUUCGAUUGACUUUGACAUUCUGAUUGGCGGCGAGAAGCUCUUACUAAGAAAUGGUCCGGUCUGUUGACAUGGCAACCACAGCUAACAACUAGCGUCACAGAGAGAACACCUGAAGAGGGAGCCAGAGGCAACAGUUCACAGCAUAGAGUGCCAUAUCUGCAUUGCGCAACAAUGCCUUUAGAUGGAAAAUCCGAUAUGGAUCGGAUCGGUUUAUUCCGUGAGAUGGGCUAUAUCAGUAUUGGGGACACAUAUGCCACUCCUGGCUCUAAGCCAUUUAAUGAAGCAGCAAGUAAAAACAGGCAAAUGCUACCCGGUGGCUCCAAGACCAUAGCUAACACCUUAGGAGGAUACUUUGAUGCUCAGUUCAAACGUACAUUUGAAGGUGAAGCCUAUUCAGAUUCACUAAAACAAAGACGGCAGUACCAUAUGAAGCAGGCAAAGAAGAACUUGGGAAAAGCAUUCCUCCCGGCUAAUGGGGAAAAAAAGCCAUCUGGCGUGGGAAACUUUUAUGGAACUUUGGGUGGUCCAGUUCCAUCUUUUAGUGCAGAAUUAAAACCAAGGAAGGCAUAUACUGCGCCGGGGAAGAAUAUCUAUUCCAACCCUCCCAAGAAGGGCACAGGCUAUGGAUAUCCAAGCCUCACUAUAGGUAAACAGUAUCCAUAUGCUUCUGAUGACUAUGACAGAUCAAGAGAACUGAUGAAGAAAGAGUUCGAGAGCCACAAAUCAAAGCUAAAAGGUGGUGCUUUCCGGUUAAACCUUUACCCAAAGGAUUAUUUUGAAGGAAACCCUUAUCGGUCUGAUAAACCUUUACCACCACUAAAGAAAAAGGCAGAAAAAAAGCAAGUUGUGAAACCGUUUAAGCCAAGUUCACCUGCUAAAGAGCCAGGUGGCAUGAAAGCAGGAACAUUUGAUCCUUAUCCAAGUCAUUCCAAUGAUGCUUAUGGGAAAAGACUUACUAAAAGUGCAACCAUUGUUAAAGGGGGAAAGUCAUUCCAGCCUCCAGCAGGACCCAAAUCUUUUCCUGUUAAAAGUAUAAUAUCAUCACAUGUUGUCAGGUCAGUGAAUCCAGUGAAUUACAAGACUAUGAACCUGACAUUAUACUGAAAGCUGACAGGCUGGAAUGGUGGAAUUUAACGCCAAAAUUCACUUGCUAACACCAAGACGAUCAUAAUAGUCCUCUGUACAGUUUUUAUUUUUCUAAAUAAACCUUGCUGGUGCUGGUGGUAUGAAAUGUACAAACCUUUUCCAUUAAUUCAAAUAUAAAUAAACAUUAAUUUAUUUAUUU